AUGCAAACUUUAAGUCCAUAUACGGCAAAAAAUAAAUUUGAAGAUACUAUGAUUAGAUACAUCAGAAAAGUGCUGAUGGACUUGGGAAAGGAGGACUACGCUGAUGAGGAAGAAUUUUCUGCGAUCUUUCCGCUUAGCUGGGAAUUCCGAUUUCAAUUUCUUGAGGUUUUUAAUCUAAUGGAGUAUGCAAUACGAUCGAUUUUAGAGUUCCCUAAUAUCAUCAAAGAAUUAACGAAACAUCCGGCAACAUUGUCUGAAUAUUCCAUUCGGUACUGUAUUCGUUGCUGA